UUCUCAUAGUUUCUAUUGCAUAAGAUCCGGCAAUUUGAACAAACUAAAUUAAUUGUUCUCGUCGAAUUAUUCUAUUGAGUGUCAGUCGAUAUUGUAUCAUAUAGUAUUUAUAACCUUACGAGUGAAAAUAAAUUAUCAGCAAUGUUGAAAGCCACUAUCAAUCAGGGGCUCGUGUCCCUGAUACGUAAUAACAUAGCAUUGAGUGGAUCUCCUGGAUCUUUAGUAUGUCAGGCCAAACAAAUAGCCACAGAUACAAGCAACCAACAAAAGGAUGUUGCACUACCAAGCAAAACUGAAAAAAUACCUUAUAGCCCUUUCCAAAAUACCAAGAGCAUGGGAGAAUAUGCAAUGGCAAGAUUAGAUGAUUUGUUAAAUUGGGGUCGUAAAGGAUCCAUAUGGCCCCUGACAUUUGGUCUGGCCUGUUGUGCUGUUGAAAUGAUGCACAUUGCUGCUCCUAGAUACGAUAUGGACAGAUAUGGUGUUGUAUUCAGAGCAUCUCCGAGGCAAGCUGAUGUUAUCAUAGUUGCUGGUACUUUAACAAAUAAAAUGGCUCCAGCAUUAAGAAGGAUAUACGAUCAAAUGCCUGAACCACGAUGGGUAAUUUCUAUGGGAAGCUGUGCUAAUGGUGGUGGUUACUAUCAUUACAGUUAUUCUGUUGUCAGGGGCUGUGAUAGAAUUAUACCUGUGGACAUAUAUGUGCCAGGAUGUCCCCCAACGGCAGAGGCUUUAAUGUAUGGCAUUCUUCAAUUACAGAAGAAAGUCAAACGUUUCCAGACUGCACAGGCAUGGUACAGAAAGUAAUUUAAAUGUACCUGAUAAUUGUAGCAAUAUAUAAAUAAUGAUUUUAUAAGGUUAAAUGUAAUUAAGAGGAAAAAUGAAAAUAUGAACUAUUAUAAAUAGGAAUUAAAGUUAACAUAACUUUAAAAUGGCUAACUUAUUAUACAACCUUUUUUUUUUCUAAGACUUGUUUAUUUUUCAAGGACUUUAUCAUUAUGUACAGCCACCAAACAAUACAUAUAAAUACUACAAAUAAAAAACCUAAAAGUGAUAAUAUUAAUUUUCGUAAUAUAGUAUUCUUGUUUCGUUAAUAAUAAUUACACAAAACCGAUAUCUUUACAGGCAUAUAAUUCGUUAUAAUUCUCUCUGUUUUAUUCUUUAUUAUUUUUACUAUUUAAAAUAUUUACAAUAUUUUAAUUUAAAAACAAAGCAAAGAGUUAGAUCAAAACAUCUUUGCGAAUAGCUUACCACGUAUUAAGGCCCCUUUAAUUUUUAUUUUCGCAUAUUGCUCUAUCUAAUACUACUUGCGAGUGUGUUUAUUUUAAUUAUACAUUACAUACAUACACUGUUUAAUAAAAACACAUCAACUGAUACGCACCACGCAUACGAUAGGUACGAUAUUUUUUUUUUAACGUACUGUAACCUAUUGUACCUAUCAGUUUAACUUCUCAUGUACACGG